GUCGGCGCGGCGUUCGAACGGGCGCUUGGCGACGUUGCCAUGGGGACGCGGCUUGGCCUUCUCCGUGGGUCGGUUUGUUGACGUACCGCUGGGUCACUAGGGGCAGUGCCCUGGGGUGUCGGAGCAGGAAAAGCCCGUGGUUCGGAUGCCUCAGUUUAUCAGUGUCCUGACUGGCUUGACAAAGAGUUCAUAAUUCAAAUGAAGGGAAACAGUUGGACCACAUGCCUUGACAUUCAGUUGAACAUCUAAAAUUAGGCAUGUUACAUUCAGUUGCUGAGGGGACUGUUUCAGUACUUCAUGGCAUUCAUUGGAUAGAACUUGCUAGUGCAAGUAUUCAGAAACAAUUAAAAUCUAUCAAUCCACAAUAAUGGCAUCAUGUUUGUUUGACUGUCUUUGUGAGGUAGAACUUGGAAAAUAUUACCCUCAUUUUGCUGCCUUUGGCCUUCAGAAAAUAGAUGAAUUAGCUAAAGUCACAAUGAAAGACUACUCCAGAUUGGGAAUCCACAAUAUGAAUGACCGUAAGCGCCUCUUCCAGCUCAUUAAAAUCAUUCAAAUUAUGCAGGAAGAAGAUAAAAUCACUAACACCCAGCAAGAUCUUCCAACAAGUAACCUCCGUGUCUCUCCUCAAGGGGCCAGAUCAGGACCUCGAAGGCAACUGUGCUUUGAUGCUUUUGUUGACAAAAAAGACCAAACUGCUGAGGAUUUUGCAUUUGACACAGGUAGUCUGUCAGACUUCUAUUCAGCUGAAGACAUUUUGCCAGGUGAUACUCAGUAUAAUAAAAAAACAAGAACUCCUGGGGCUGCAGGUGCUGAUAUGGGUGUGCAAACAGAAACAAACAGUACAACUUUAUUUUCGUCAAAUAACAUUUCUUCACUAUUAGGAGAUAUUGAAGUUCCUACCAUACAAAGAGUCACUCACAUGUCUGGAUAUAAUUAUGGAGUCCCCCAUUCUUAUGUCAGAGAGAAUAUCUCAGAGAAGGAUAAUGUUUGGACAGAAACUGAGAAAAUUAGAGUAUGUGUACGGAAACGCCCUCUAGCUUUGAGGGAAGAACGGCGUGGAGAAAUUAAUAUUAUUACUGUAGAAGAUAAAGAAACUUUACUUGUCUAUGAAAAGAAAGAGGCAGUUGACCUUACCCAGUAUAUUCUACAGCAUGUUUUUUAUUUUGAUGAAGUCUUUGGUGAGACAUGCACCAAUCAAGAUGUUUAUAUGAAGACCACUCACCCACUCAUUCAGCAUAUUUUUAAAGGAGGAAAUGCCACUUGCUUUGCAUAUGGACAGACAGGGGCUGGAAAGACUUAUACCAUGAUAGGAACUCAUCAAAACCCAGGACUCUAUGCUCUUGCUGCUGAAGACAUCUUUAAGCAAAUUGACCAAGUCCAGCCAAAGAGAGACCUCUCUGUGUGGAUUAGUUUUUAUGAGAUCUACUGUGGACAACUUUAUGAUCUUCUAAAUGGAAGGAAAAGACUUUUUGCAAGAGAAGAUAGUAAACAUGUUGUACAAAUAGUGGGACUGCAAGAACUUCCAGUGGAUAGUGUGGAUCUCCUUUUAGAGGUUAUUUUGAAGGGUGGCAAGGAACGUAGCACUGGUGCUACUGGAGUCAAUUCAGAUUCCUCCCGUUCCCAUGCUAUUAUCCAAAUUCAGAUAAAAGAUUCAGCCAAGAGAACCUUUGGAAGGAUAUCUUUCAUUGAUUUGGCUGGAAGUGAGAGAGCAGCUGAUGCCAGAGAUUCAGAUAAACAAACAAAAAUUGAAGGUGCAGAAAUAAACCAGAGUCUUCUAGCUCUAAAAGAAUGCAUCCGUGCAUUGGACCAGGAACAUGCUCAUACUCCCUUCAGACAAAGCAAAUUGACUCAGGUACUGAAGGAUUCUUUUAUUGGUAAUUCCAAAACCUGCAUGAUUGCCAAUGUAUCACCAAGCCACAUGGCUACAGAGCAUACUUUGAAUACAUUACGUUAUGCUGACAGGGUGAAAGAACUGAAAAAAGGAAUUAAAUGCUGUACCCCAGUUACCAGUCGAAAUCGGUCAUCUGGACAUAUGUCUCCAAAACGGAUUCAGUGUUCGCCUUCAGUACUGCUAGCAGACAAGUGCUCUCCCAAAAAAGUGAAGUUAGGAUUUCAGCAACCUCUCACUUCGGCCUUCAGCAAUACCCGAGCAAAGUGCUGUCCUUUACCCUUUCAUUCAGCUGGUGUCCCUUUUUCUUCUACCCCCAAAGGCAUGGGCAGAGGGAAUGGCUCCAAAGGAAACUUUAAUCAUGUAUGUGUCACCCCCAGUACUCCUCUUAAAGAAUCUACAAAGGCAGGGUCUCCCACAAAGAAGAAGACAGAAGAUUCUACAUUGGGUUUUGAGAAGCUCUGUCCUAGCGGGGGCCUUGGGGGCACCUGUGUGCCAGGCAAGUGCAAAAAAACACGAUUAGUGCAGCCAGUGCAAAAGCAACUUGUGUCCCGAGGUGAAUUCUCUUUUGGUGAGCCCCACCAUGGGGGGCAAUGUAGUCAGACCUGUGAGAAGGUGCUCCCCAAACGCUGCUCUGAAGCUUGGACCACUAUACCUCCUCAUCAGAAAGACAGGGAAGCACAUUUGCGGUUUUACCACCAGCAGUUUCAGCAACCACCUCUUCUUCAACAGAAGUUAAACUACCAACCACUAGAACAGUUUUUAUGCCAGUACAACCCCCAAGAUAUUAAAGUCCAACAAGAUACACCUCCUUUACUUCCUUCUUACUCUCAAAACCAAGAUAUCACCCAGCUGGAAGACCUAGAUGACAGUGAUUUCAGUGAAGAUUCUUUCUCACCCAUUUCUAACCAAAGGACAGCCAAGAGAAAAAACACUCAGAAUUGUAGUGAACAUUCAUUCUUCCUUCAUCAGAGAGAACAAGAAGGAACUGAGGAUCAGAAAGCUGAAAAUGAACAGAAUUUGUUUUUUAAUUGCACAAUAAAUACUCAAGAGAAUGAUCUGAAUGAAAAUUGGGUUUUUACUAGUAAGUCAGCCUGUUUAGAUACAGCAGAAGUAAAUAAAAGGCACCCCAACAAUAAGAUUCUUUCUGAUUGGAGCAUAGAAGAUGACUCUACUUCUUCAGACUCUUCUCCAAGUGACAACAUGGCAGAACAACCUUACUGCUCACAAGUUGAUUUUAUUCCUAACAGAAGUAAUCGAGCAUUUGACCAUACACAUAUCCCUUUCAAAGAUGAGCCUCGUCUCCAGGCUGAUGGCACUUCAUCACCACCAGAAAAGGACACAUCCACAUUCUCAGUGUUAAACCUUGCAGAUUAUGAGUCUCCAUAUCAAAGAAAUUCAGUAAUCUUAGCACAGGAAGAAAGCAGCAAUAGCAGCCAAACUCAGUUAACAAAACCCUUCAAAAGAAGUAACUUGCCUGCUGAAGGAGACUUUUGUGAAAGAUCAGGAGCAUCAGCAGAAUCAGCUUCCUCACCAGUGGCCCCUCUCACCAUGUCUCUUCUUGAGAGCACAGACAGAGAAACUUCUAGUGAACCCCUUCUUAAUCAGAUGCCAAAAUCUCAUCAAAGAAGAAAAUGGGUACUGGAGUUAAGCACACCAAAUCCUGACAAGGAGAUCAAAACUCCCAAUACAACCAAAGACCUCACAGCAGAAAAUACCAGUACGCUGUUGGGUCUAGACAAACCAACAUUAGCUUCUGAUACCAAGGCAGCUCUGUUGCUGUCUCUACACUCAGAGGACCAGUGGUAUUUGUCAGCCUGCGCUGCUACUGAGCCUGCUGGUGAUCUCUCAAAUCUAUCUUUGGCAGGGCUCUAUCAGGGCUCAGUUAAUGAUCUGUCGAUAAGUGAAGCCAGUGUAGAAGAGCCCUUGGAGAACAAAAUGGGAACAAUGGCCUUCAGAAACAUAAAAUGUCAAGACUAUGUAAAUAGCAAGCAUUAUGAUGCAGAUACAGAAGAGACCAAGCUGGGCUGGGAUUUGAGCUCCCCAGAAAGGCCCGACCCUAACAAGGGAAGUCCAGGAGUCAUCCGGGGGUCGGUUUCUCCCAUGGUUCCUGCAGAUAAGCCUGAAAAAGGGUUUUCAAGCACCCCAGUGGCUCUUACCAAAACCAGAAGCAUUUGCUCUUCUGCCCAGGUCUUAGACCAACAGAACAAGCUCCAGAAAUCUGAAAACCCAGUCAAAUUGUCAUUUAGUACUGAGGAAAUUAGGCAGCUAAAACAUAGACUGAUGCAGAGCAUCUUUACCCAGACAGGCCUUCUUGGGGGACAUGAUGAUCACAAGAAUUCUUUGGCAAAUUACACUUCAGAAAACCAAUCUAUCCUUGGUAGUCAAAAGAACACAUUCCAGAUUGUGAAAGAGAGGCAUGAGGAAACCCUGAAACAAGCACAACAGGUUGUCAUUCAAGCCCACCAGGAACAGCUGGACAAAAUGGCAGAAUUGGAUUUCAAGGAGGAGAGUUUGAUCAAUCAGAUGUCAGCAGCUGAUUUUGAAGACUUUGUGACCCAGCUGGAUGAAAUCAUGAUCCUGAAAUCCAAGUGUAUCCAGAGCCUCCGAAGCCAACUGCAGUUCUACCUUGCUUGUUGCGGGCCUGAAGCUUCCCUAGAGAAAACAUCAGCCUCUUAGACUCGAGGGUCCUUUGGAGAGAUGGAGAGGGCUUUGGGGGUGGGGAAGGAAUACCCCCGCAUGCCUUGACCAUGCCAACAACUUAUUUCUACUCUGCUUCCUUUAUGACUAGUACACAAUUGAGUUAAGGGAAGACAGGGUAGAGUAUACCCAUGUAGAAGAGGUGUCGGCUAUGUGGAGUAGCACCCUGCAUCUCUGGCAAAUGAAUCCUCAUGCCCAAUGAUCCUAGCCUCCAUGUGGACCAUGCCAUGUGGCAGUGAUCUUUAAGAUAAUGCGACGGCUUUUUUUAUAGGGCACAAAAUGUCUGUCGCUAAGUGAACAGUCCCACCCAAGAUCAAGAAGAUACUAGAUGGAAAUACUGGAGGGUUACUGCAUAUGAGUGAACAGGACAGCCAGAAGAGUUGGACACAGAGCAUUUAGGGAAAAGAACUUUGUUAAUGAGUUGCUUGGUCAGAUGCACACUUCUUUUAGGAGAACAGAAUUUGGUUCCAGGGUCUGAUAAUUAGCAAAAGCAUAAGUGAUAGAAAUUGUCUAGAAUCUUCUAAGAAGCUUGGAUUCUCAAGUGGAGGAGGAGGUACACCAUUAGUUGAUGGUCCCUUUCUUUACUCCUUGGAGAUUUUAGCAAAAUUGAAGAGUUCUCUGUCUAAGUCCAGAUCCCUCCUGAAUUCCAGGGAUUAUAGAGACUAAGAUUGAUUUGAGUUUUUAAGUUGACUGUUUGGUGAGAUUACAUUAAAUUUGAUAUGUAUUUAAUAAAAGAGGUCUGAUUUCCACACCUCAUAGACCAACCUAUUCUUUGUUCUUAAGUGGAAGGCUAUUUGUGACCUUGUGCUUUUUAGCAAGAACAUGCUUGAGACAUUUUGUGCUGUGACUUGCUUUGACCAUCCUCUUCUUGAGGGUUUUGUGUGAAGAACAAUGUAUUGGUAUGUAGUGCUCAUUUCUGUUUGGAGUUUGCUUUCUUUCCAAUUCAAUGACAGUGGUGAUCAUUCUCUGUGCAAGUAGACUUAGUAACAGUGUACCCAGUGUUGCCUUAUAUUUUUAUAGUGUAUUCAAUCAACUCUUUCUGAUCUUUUUAGAAAUCCUGUGACUCAGGUAGAGCAGAGAUUUCAGUCCCCAAUUUAUAGGUAAGGCAACAAGUCUAUUAUCAUACAGAGUUAGUGAGCUGAAACCAGAGACUUUUUGCCUUCCAUAGCUCACAUUCUCUGACCAUGUUAGUCCUGUGUGUCGAACAAAAUUAGCUGUGACAGUCCCACUCCUCAGGACAUAAUACUUGUACUAUAUUCAUUCGAACCUGGAAACCCUUUCUUAACUCAUGUAAAUUAGGGCAAGUUCUCAGUAGUCCUACACCUGCAGGUGUCAUGCAAAUUUCCUUGCUAACUGUAUGACCAUCAGCUAAUCUCUUUAAGCCUAAAGUGACUUUGCACAUGACUACCAGACAAAAACACUGACUUGGAUCAGCAAAGCUUAAAAAAUUAUUUUGUUAAAUUGUUUGAAGUUGGCAGCUGUCAAGUGGAUAAGUCAUUAGAGAAUAUUGUCAUGGGAACGAUUUUCUAUAUGGUGGACACUAUAUAACUGAUGCCCAUGAUUGUGGCCCAAGCAGCUCACGUACUCUCUGCAAGGUAAUCCUUGGGUUUGUGGCUAAAACUGCUGUUUCUAAAGUUACGAGGACUAUACGGUUUUGCUGGGGACUCAUUUCACUCUGGUAUCUUGUUUGGUCAAAGUAAGGGGAGCCUCUCUCAUUGAUAGAGCCUGUGAUGACCUUCCAUACCCCACAAAGAUGGCACCUCACCUGUCCUCCUUGCUUCAUUUCAAGGCCCCAUCCCCAUCUGCUACAAAUAUAUUUUCUAAUCUGGUUAGGGAUGUAUCUUGGACUGUUGAAGAUGAAAGGGGUAUUAGAUAUCAUCUUGGCCAUAUCUCUCAUUUUAUAGAUGAGACAGUAUCCAAGGUGAUCACACAGCUAGUUAGUGGCAGUCAGGGUUUCAGCUUCAGUCCGACACCCAGCUUGGUACCACUAGCAAGAAUAAGUCACUCAUCAAAUUGGAAGAGCUUCAGUCAGAUUUAAUUCAGUAAAUCUUUAUUAAGUACAUAACAUUGGGAAUACAAAGACAAAAUUGAAACUACCCCUGCCCUUGAGGAGCUUACAGUCUACAUAGGGAUGAGGGAAUAGAUUAUAUACUGUACAUAAAUAAAUAUGAAGAACGUACAAAGUUAUAUAAAAUAAUUUCAGAAGGAAAGAAUGUUACCAACUUUGGGAUAUCAGGAAAGUCUUGGUGUAGGAGGGUAUACCUGAGCUGUGCUUUGAAGAAAGCCAAGGAUUCUAGGAAGCAGAUGGGGGGAGGGAGAGGGAAACUUUCUUGGAUAUGAGACCAUUUCCACAAUGGUGUGGAGGCUGUCCAGGGAAAAGCAAGAAAGCAAGUCAAUUUAGAACAGUUUAGGAUAUAAAAGGAAACAAUGAUUGUGGAGAGCUCUAAAUGCCAGGAUGGAAGAGGACCCAAAGGUGGAAUGGACUUUAAAGUUCUAGGUCAACCCCCCUCAUUUCAUCUAUGAGGAACCAGAGACCAGAUCUAUAAAUCUGUCCAACAUUACAUGACAGACCUAGCAGUUUGAUUCCACUCUAGUGAUUCCAAAUCCAGUGUGCUUGACCCACUGCAUCGCUAAGUUUGUAUUUUUUUUUUCCUUUUUAAAAUGCUCUAUACUCCUUGCCUCCUCCAACUUAGAAGUUUAAGAGCCACUUACAGGUCUAGAUCUCACUGUUUGUUGACCUAGAAGCUUCAACAUGCUCCUUUUCCUGCCUGACCUGAUUCACCCCAAUUUAGGGAUCCUUUUGCAUAUCCUUCCUGGUGCUCUCCUUGCUCCCAAGGGCUCACCAUAUUGGUGUUGGAAUUACUAUGAACAAUCAUUUAGCUCAGCUCAGUUCAGACCUCUGAAAGCUCAAAGCCCGACCAAGAAGGGUUAUGCUAUUAGACCCUUUCUUUCCUCAGAGGUUUUCUGGAGUCUGAAGAGUUGGCAGCUCGGGCCCAGACCCCUCGUAAUCCCCAGGAGCUGGGAUUCUAAGUGUGGGCCACCACAUCAAGGUAAAGGCAGAAAGGGGGAGCCAUUCUUGAUUUUUGAAUAGAGAAAUUACACAGUCAAAUAUUUUAGGAAUAUUAAUUUGGCAGCUGUAUACAGGAUAGAUUGGAGAGGAAGAUGGGCUGAAGGCAGGAAGAACAAUUAGAAGAUAUUGGAAGAGUUCAAGUUAAAGCCGAUGACCAGCAAAGGCUGGAGAUGAAUACGAGAGAUGCUGUGGUGGAAGAGAUGACAAAUUUUGGCAACUAGAUAUGUGAAUAUCUAACCUUUUUAUCUCUCUUAACUUCCUAUUCCAAAUUACCCAUUGCUAAACAUCUCCACCUAGGUAUCCCAACAGUAUCUAAUGCAUCACACCCAAAACGCAAUUUUUCCUCCCAAAACUCAUGCCAUCUCCAAACUUACCUUUUUUACUGAGAAAAGGAGCACCAUCCUGUCAGUAUCCCAGGUUCACAACAUGAAAUUUAAUUUGUCCCCUUACUGAGUUCCCCCUUCCUUCCCCUCCCCCUGGUCUAAUCUGUUGUUAGGUCUCCUUGAUCUUGCUUCCACAGCGUUCCACGAGUUUUCUCUUUCUGGAUACAAGUCUGUGGUAGGUCUUCACCUCUUCACUAGUCUCAGACAAGAGACAAAGCCUCAAAGACUGCCUACUGCGGGGAAAUGAUGUUGGGAAGGAGUCUUGAAAGGUCAACAAGUUAAUAAAAGCAGAAAAAAGCAUCAAGGAAGCUUGAGGUAAAAGUGUGUCCAAGACAUGAAGAUGUUAAUCAGCAAUGUCAGAAACUUCAAAGGUCAAGUACAGUGAGAAUCGAGGGAGCCAAAAAAAUUGACUUUAUUGGUAACCUUGGACAUAGAAUUUCAUGGUAACAUCAAAAAAUUACUAAAAAGUGAAGAGGGACAGCUAUAUGGCGCAAUGAAUAGAGCAGUGGAGGACCUGAGUUCAAAUCCAGCCUUCGACCUUUAACAAUUCCUAGCUCUGUGACUCUGGCAAGUAACUUAACUCUAGGAGCUCAAGGAGGAGAGUCAGCAUUAGCAAGGCUAAAGAACAGCUCUAUCAGAAACUGGAGCAAAGGAGGAUGAGGGAUGAAUCUGGAUUGAGUUGUACAGUGGGACAAAAGAGGAAGUCUGACGGCCUCUCAGAAAAGUGGGUGGUCUUCUGCUGACAGGAAAGAAAAGGAGGAGGCAGUGGAGAAGUGUUAAGGAUAUAUUUCAGUAGCUCCUGUGGAAACUGAUAGUGAAUGAAAGAAGUAUAAAAUGGGCAAAGGCUGAAGUCUGUAUAAAGCAUAAACACAAGUGAGUUAAAAUAAGUUGGCAGUGAACCCCAGUCAGCAUGGCCACGUGACUUAUUUGUAGGCUCAUUCAGUAGCACAGAUAGGAAAAGGAAAGGUAAUACAUUUGGCAUCAUAUGGUGAUGAUGGGAAAGGAAGAUAACAUAUUCAGGAUAGCUAUUAGCAUAUAAGUGAAUGGAUUCACAUUAGAGAAAAGAAAGGGAAACCAAAACGAGAUGGACCAUAACAACUCUGCAGCUUUCUUCUAAACACAAAAUGUGUUUAGAAGCAAGGUCGGUCUUUUCUAUUUGGUUCCCAGCAUGCAGUGCUUUGUACAUAGCAUUCACUUUAAAAAUGUUACAUCCAUUCAUAAUUUGAUUAAAUAUUCAAGCGCCUACUAUUUGUAAGGCAUUGUUUUAGGGUCUGUGGAAUAUUGUCUUUGCCUUCCCAGAGUUUACCUUCUCCUGGGAGUAUAUAAUACGUACACAGUUAAAAGAACAUGAACGACCAGGGAAAAGGGAGAGCUCCUUCUCCUACCCCCCAUCCCCCUCGGGUAAUCCAGGACAGAAAGCCUCAUCUAUCAUCGGAGCUGAAAUUGAAGGUCAAGAUUUCUGAGCGACAGAGAUAAAGAGGUAGAUACUGCACACAUAACUGCUUUUAAGACAAGAGCUGGAAUAUCAAGUUUGUAGACAAGCUAGUGAUCCAGUUUGGCUGGACCCGAGUUCAUGGCGAGUAGUAUGAACAAUGUGAAUGGGAUAAAUAAACUCACCCAUAAAAUAGUAAGAUAGCAGAAUGGAUUAGACACCGGAAUCCAAUAAUAGGUCGUUUACUGGAAACGAUUGAAGAAGAUGCAAAGGUAGAAUAAAGGAAUGGAACAGACUUUAUCAUGCUUCAAGAUCUCAGAAAAGGCAAUCACAAAAUAGACCUAAUUAAGAAAAAAAUGAAAAUUACAAUUUGCUGAAAGAUACCAAAGACAAUUAUAGUAUGAAAUAAAGCUGGGAAAAGAAGUAGAAACCAUAUUGUGAAGAACAUGAGGUUCACUGCUUAGUAAUAGGCUUUUUGUGUCUCUCAGGAAGAUCAUUUUAUAAUGUGGAGGACAGAUUGGAAAGAUGAGCCUAGAGAAUAGAAGGGCAGCCAAUAAUAUUAGUCUAGGUAAAUAUUCUCUUAAAUGCUAAGUCUAAAAGGUCUUUCCAUCCUAAUCCUUGCUCUUCUUCACUUCAUCUGUAUGGCUGCUCCUUAAGUCUCCCAUAGUUCAUCAAAUAUUUUAAUCCUUGUUCUAGAACCACACUCCACACAUUCUUGAUGAUGUCAUCAACCCCCAACUAAAUAUAACACAACACCUCUUUGGGACUCUUCCAACUGUUAUCUGUCCAGCCCAUCUCUCCCAAGUUUCAGUCAUUUUUCAACAAUUGCCUGAUGGAUAUUUCAAACUCACUAUCCUUCUAAUAUCUCAGGCUUUUAAUUUCUCUUCCUUUCAUCUUUCAGUAAAAUUGCAGUAACCUCCCAAUAUCCCACAUUUCUCUCAUUACUUUGGUCCAUUCUGCUGACUGCUUCCAAAGUAGU